AUGAUUAUUCCCAUCCGUCAAGUCGUGGCCUUACUUGCUGUCGUCUCUCUCGCUGUGCUGCCUACCCAGGCUAUUGUUUACAGGCCAGACCGCGGCCAGCUGGCGCAGCGCAACUUGCUUGCGCGCCAGGCCAGCUCUGCUGCCGACUCUACUGCUGCCUCUGACGCUUCCGAUUCUAGCGCUACUGGCGGUUCGUCCUCAAAGUCUUCUUCCGAUUCGAGCUCCUCGAACUCGGCCUCCUCUUCUGCCUCCUCGAGCGCUGAUUCGGAGUCUGGCACUGCCGGCUCAGCUGGCGGCAAGAAGAAGUCGCCUGCUUUGGACUCGAGCUCGGGUCCUUUCCAGUUCGGUAGCCCCACACAGAACUACCCCGGUGUGCUUGCCGUCAACCAGAACGGCAAGACCAACCCUGCCAAGCCCAAGCUCGACACCCCGAUCAACCAAAAGUCCGAGUCGCGUCUCGCCUCGAUCAACUCUGUGGAUGACUGGUGCACAUUUGGCCCCAAAGACAACUCCAAGCCCCUCGGCGAUGUCGAGGCUGAGGUGGUGGCUUACUGCACCAAGCCUCGUAACGAUGCUCGUGUGAUCCCCGACGGUACUGUCACUGCUGCUCACUUUGUCAAGACACCGCUCUACGUCCAGGUCAUGGCUCUGGGCGACUUUACCAAGAUUAACUUUGCUCCGGGCGACACUGGUGGCGAGCUCGACCCCCACGGUGCGACGAACAAGGGUAACCCCGUCGGCGGUAACGUCACCUCCAACAUUAGUGGCAAGGACGAGUUCUACGAGGAAUGGAUGAACUAUGUCGGCUACAACAUUAUGUGCUUCCGUGUGUGUAUCGCUGGCUCGGACCAGGCGCCGCCGGGGACGGAGUGUGAACACACUCUCGACAGGGUCGGCUGCAACUGGGUCAUGCCCGGUAACUAUGCGCCUGACUCAUUCGACACUUGCGAUGCCGACCCUGCGUACCCCCCUGGUAUCUAUGUCAUGGACGGCCAGACUUCGUCUUUCCAGCAAUACGCGACCGGUGUGUUUACCGACGAAGAGGGCCAGUCUCACUCGUAUACGAACGGCAACAAAAAGGCCAAGACUCCUUCCGCCGCGCAGUCCCUCCCCAGCUCCUCGAACUGCAAGGUUGCUCCAAGCAUUGCGAACGGCAUCAAGUCGAUUGUCCCUACCACUUCCAAGCCUACUCCCCAGGAGAGCGCCAGCUCCAAGGCGGGCUCUGGCUCUGGCUCUGGCUCUGGAUCUGGAAACGGUGCAGACAAGCAAGGAAAUGACGAGAACAACACGGAUAGUGGCAGCAAUGGUGCUGUUUCUCUUGUGCCGACCAUGGCGACGCUCGCCGCCGCCGUGGCUGUCGCUGCCGGCGCCAUUUUCAUUUAA